UCCAGCGUGACGUUGGCGCUAGAGCGCACAUCCUACGGUCGGCAUUCUCCCCGAGGAAAACAAAGCGGAAAUAGCGCCACUGACGGAAGGAAGUUUGUAUGUUCAAGAUGGCGCUGGACGGGAUCGAGCAAAUGGAUAUUGAGGACAGUAAAGGAGGAUCUGGUCUCCGCCAGUAUUACCUGUCUAAAAUUGAGGAGCUUCAGUUGACAGUGAAUGAUAAAAGCCAAAAUCUCAGACGUCUGCAGGCUCAAAGGAACGAGUUAAAUGCCAAGGUGCGCCUCCUGCGCGAGGAGCUUCAGUUGCUGCAGGAGCAGGGCUCUUAUGUAGGAGAGGUGGUGAGAGCCAUGGACAAGAAGAAAGUGCUAGUCAAGGUGCAUCCUGAAGGAAAGUUUGUGGUGGAUGUGGAUAAGAACAUUGAUAUAAAUGAUGUAACUCCAAAUUGCCGUGUAGCACUUCGAAAUGACAGUUACACACUUCACAAAAUCCUGCCAAACAAAGUUGACCCGCUCGUCUCGUUGAUGAUGGUUGAAAAAGUGCCAGAUUCGACGUAUGAGAUGAUCGGAGGGCUGGACAAACAGAUCAAAGAGAUCAAGGAAGUGAUUGAGCUUCCAGUCAAGCACCCAGAAUUGUUUGAGGCUCUAGGAAUUGCACAACCCAAGGGUGUGCUGCUGUAUGGACCUCCUGGAACAGGAAAGACUCUGUUAGCCAGAGCCGUGGCCCAUCACACUGACUGUACCUUCAUCAGAGUGUCUGGAUCAGAGCUGGUGCAGAAGUUCAUAGGAGAAGGAGCUCGUAUGGUGCGAGAGCUGUUCGUCAUGGCCAGGGAACACGCGCCCUCCAUCAUCUUCAUGGAUGAGAUCGACUCCAUCGGCUCAUCUCGGCUGGAGGGAGGAUCAGGAGGAGACAGUGAGGUGCAGAGGACUAUGCUGGAGCUCCUCAACCAGCUGGAUGGGUUCGAGGCCACCAAGAACAUCAAGGUUAUUAUGGCAACAAACCGGAUUGACAUUCUGGACUCUGCGCUUCUUCGACCAGGCCGCAUUGACAGGAAGAUUGAAUUUCCCCCUCCCAAUGAAGAGGCCCGUUUGGACAUUCUGAAGAUCCACUCCCGGAAGAUGAACCUGACGCGUGGUAUUAACCUGCGCAAGAUUGCCGAGCUGAUGCCAGGAGCGUCUGGUGCUGAGGUCAAGGGUGUCUGCACAGAGGCAGGGAUGUACGCCCUGAGAGAGAGGAGAGUCCACGUUACCCAAGAAGAUUUCGAAAUGGCAGUAGCAAAGGUGAUGCAGAAAGACAGUGAGAAGAACAUGUCCAUCAAGAAACUCUGGAAGUAAACAUAACUCAGUAAUCUGCAUUAUUUUUUUGUGUCUAAGUUGCUUUGUCACCCAAAUGUAUUCAAAAUAAAUUGAUUCUCACUUAGAACAAUCUGUUUUUCGUUCCACUUUGUAAAAAUAAAUCAAUAAAAAUGCACUUACGUUAACAAAGGGUGAUUGUCACAUAGACAAUGUAUUUUUUUAAGACAAAGGACAAGAAAACAAAGCACAGAAUCACUGAACUGAAAGUAACCUCUACCUGAAUUAGAACUUUUUUGGAAGCUUUGUAACUACAUUUCAUGAUUAUGAGUAUGCAUUCGUUAUGAUUUAGUUGGUUUCUGCUCUCUCUGGGACGUCUUUUUUGGAAUGAUGCAUUUGCAUUUAUCAGAGAAGAGGAAACUUUACACUUUUCACUUAAUUGGUCUGAAUUGUUUCAUUAGUCCAAUGCUAGUUUGAUGGUAAAACAUUGACUAUUUGUUCUAAAAUGAGAUUUCAUUCAAAUGAGCUCAAAAUUGUGUACGUCAUUAACACCGUUAUCAAAACACAUUUUACUUUUUGCAUAGAGUUAACAGAAAUGUCCUCCACUUGGUUUUCAGAUUUUAAAAAGGGGCAAUAUUGAUUGCACAAUAACUAAAGCAUUGUGGGAAAUGAAGUCUCCUUUAACCAUAAUACUUAAAACUGAAAGAAAUGUUAAUAAAAAUGAGUUCAUACAAUCUAAGAGAUACAUAAUUACAAUUUUCCAUGGGUUUAAACUUUGAUAUAAUGUAAAUUAAAAAUUAAAGGUAUUAUAUAAGACACCAGAUUUAACAAUUAGUUCAUUUGAUUCUAGUUCUGUUGAUUCAAAUUUGAAUUAAAAGUCUGCAUUGGACAUGAGGUGGAAUUGAAAGUCAUUGUCAGCUGUGUAUGGUGUAAAGCGCGGUGUUUACAAACCCAGCCCCGGAUGACGGCUGCCAGUAAGUGUCCAGCUCAAAGUCCUCUGCAGAAGUUCCAGUCACUGUUAGAAAGCACGUACAGUCUUCCACUUCCCUCUGCUUCGGGUCUGAUGACAUAACAACUAUGUACAUUAAUAUAGAAUUGUUCUCUGCAGAGAUUCCUGGCCACUUCAAUGGCUGAUCAUAUAUUCUACUACAUCCAGACGUGGCUGACGCCGCUGCUGGUUCUGACUGUGAGUCUGUGCGUGCUGAGGUUCUGCUGCAAAAUCUGCAGUAAAGUCUCAGACACUGGCUCAGAUCUGGACCUGUCAAACAGCGACCAUGUCUAUGUGAUUCCCAACCCCAUUCAUGUGAGAGUAGAGAGAGACGAACAAGAUGAGAUGAGCUCUCAUGAUGAUUCUGAGUUCACACCACCACCAUAUGACCUAGUGUGUCCACCACCGUCAUAUGAGUCCAGCUUUAAAUUAAAUAUUUCUGAUGUUCGAGUGACUCCAGACUCAGAGAUAGACACUUCCAACAUGCCACCACCACCGUACUGCCCACCUUUGCCCACCUCAUCCAGUCAUCAAUAGAGACUUCUGAAUAUAUAUUUUUGUUGGUGUGAUAACUAGUAUAACUAAUACAUGUUUUAUAACUGGAAUUGUGUAUUUGAAAGUUAAUACCAAAUAGGCGGGGCUAUUUGGAUUUUCCCUUGAACUUGGUACAGUUUUCCAGAGCAAUUAUUCAGCACUUUCCACAUCAGCCAAGAUAAGAUGCUGCUUUAUAUUAAUGAGCAAAUGAACCUGUCAUACGGUUACUCAACAGUCUAAUAGCUUUACAGUUUCUACGUCAGAGAUAAAUCUUAUCUUAAGAACAAAAUGUUUACUGCUUUUGCGAACCAUGUGAAGAGGAGUGGCUGAAAUGUAACCAUAUUUCCAUGUAUCUAUGUAAAUCCUGAAUAACUGAAUUACUUGGAGUUAGUAAAAUGCCUGAAGUGGACUAUCGAAAUAAAGUGCAACCAGAUAAAUUCUAAAAUGAUUGCUAUAUAUUAAAUCUACACCUUGUGGUUAGUGCGUCGACAUAUAGCGACGGUGACCCAAGUUCGAUUCCCAUAUCGCCGAUUCCUAUCUCCUCCCGGUAAUUUCCUGUCGUCUCUAUACUGUCCUAUAUAAAUAAAAAGGCAUAAUAUAACUUUUU